AAUGACCCUAAGCAUCCAUUUGCUGUGUUGCAAGCUGGAUCUUCUAUUCUUCACAGUAACGAGGCAGUGAAGAUUUUGUGUUCCUCUCUUUCGUUUCUCAAUCGAAAUGGUAUGCCAACUGUCCUAGUGUAUGGCCCAGAUCAAGACUCUUGCAAUGAUGAGAAGUUAUUUCACCUGGCACAGCAGCUUCAACAGCAGGAAAUGCAACUGGUCGACUGCCUUGAAAAGUUCUGUCAUGCAGACACGCGGGCAUUUUGCGGAGCAAGUGGCAUUCUCCAGAGCCAGAAGUCUCGCUCAAGAUUGCAACCUGUCAUAGAUCAUGUAAAUGCAGAUCCAAUUACAUGGACAUUUAGGUCGGGUCGUGUACCAUUGCUGACCUCUGUAUCCAUUGAACGGAGAACAGGUCGGCUCACACCAAUAUGUUCUCGACAUGUUGCCAUAAAACUAUCAGAGGUUCUUAAGCCUAUGAAAGUGAUUUUCCUAAAUGAAACUGGUGGCCUGUUUGAUGAACAUGGAAAAGUUAUUUCUCAUAUAAGAAUCCCAGGAGAUAUUCAAAACAUUUCACAAGAAUCAUGGUGUACAACUGACAUAAAAAACCAGAUUGAUGAAAUUGCUUCCCUUCUCAAAGAUCUGUCAAGCAACUCAACAGCGGUGAUAACAAGUCCAGUAAACAUUAUUAAAGAACUUUUUAGUCAUCAAGGUUGUGGCACUAUGAUACAGAAAACUGAAGCAAUCCAUCGGUACAAGUCGUUGGAGGAAGUUAAUGUCCCAAGACUGACGAAACUCUUAACUCAGUCCUUCAAAAAGCCUCUGAAACCAGAAUAUAUGACAGUUGUGCAAGAGUAUUUACAGAGUGUUUAUAUAUCAGAAAAUUACACUGCGGCUGCUAUUGUUAUUCAUGACAGAGAAAAAAGUGAAAUACCAUAUCUGGAUAAAUUUGUGAUAUCAUCCGCAUGUCAGGGUCAAGGAACAAGUGAUGAUCUAUGGAACCAUUUAACUCAAGAUUUUUCAAGUUUGUUCUGGCGUUCUCGUGCGACAAACAGGAUCAAUCCCUGGUAUUUCAUCAGGGCAGAUGGAAGCUGGACAAAUGGAGACUGGAUAAUAUUUUGGUAUGGUGUUGAUGAACCUAGAAUCUCUCAUGAUCUUGUAGAAUUCGCUGGAACAUUGCCUGAAUCCUUUGACCCAAUCGCAAACCAUGAUGUUACAAUGAAGUCAGAAAAUAGAUCAACCACAAGCUACAUACAAUAUGUCUGAAGAUCUUGUUCGUAAAAUGACAUAUUUGUCAUCUACGGGAAAAAAUAGACUUACUAUAACAAAACUACAGUAGAGGCUAUACUAUACAGUGAACUGUAAUAAAAUAUUUUAUUACAGUUCACUAAUACUAUAGAAACCUAUAUAGACCCAGUUAGAUGAACUUUAAGAUAUUUUUUUGUCUCAUAAAACCCUGUGUGUACAAUUUUCUUGUAUUUAUACUAUUAUUUAUAGUUGCAUACAGUGUAUGAAUUCCAUGUACAUUAAUUUAGAUUUUAAAAUAUUAUAAAAACAUGUAUUUUUUUAAACACUAUAGUAUUUCAAGCCAAUACAAUUGUUCAGACAA